CAUGUGCUACUACCAUGGGUAGACCAAAGCCCACUCGCCGUUUUCAUUGGUGCCUUCUAAAAGCUGGGAUGGGCACAAUUCUGCAGGAGCGAGCGCCACAACAAUACCCGGAGAGGGUUUCUAUCAGGGACAAGGAAUGGAAGAACAACAACACGCCUAAUGUGGCCAGCAACAAAAUGGGCAGACGGCAGUCACAAAGGAAGUCGCUGCAGCCACAGUACACGUUCCCCAGUCAAGAAAAUAACAAUGAGAAGAGGCUGCAGCAAAGAAGAAAGAAGAAACCUAACACCCCCUCGACCAAACGCUCUCAUCACAGUGCUCAGGGAACCUCAGAGUCAAAGUCCCAUCCACUGUCCCCUGCAGAGGACAGGAUGCAGCCAAAGGUGCAGGCGCAUGCUCAGCGCUGCAGCCACAGAGAACACAAGCACACAGGUUUCAGAGGGAGCAGACACACAGCAGCCGUUCCCUGCCACCGCCUGUCAGACUCAAGUCCUGGUCUGCAGGUAGGAAGUCUGAGCGGCCAUGGAGAGGGCGACAGUGACAGUGACUUGUCUGAGUCAGAAAGACUUCCUGUGUCUUCUUCUGGUCAGGUUCCUCCACAGCUCGAGCUGAGGCCAGAGGUCAUCGAGGCUGAAGACGGCUCCUCUCGCAGCCAGAGGUCCAGAGGACACAGACAUGAUGGUUUUGAUUUCCCAGACUUCCUCCCUCCUCCUUUUAACUCCUGGAGCCUCAGUCAGCUGGCUGUCUUCUACAAUAUGGAGGGCGGGGGGGGCCCUCAGCCCAGGCCUGUGGGCCCUUUGGAAAGGUACAUGGAGAGGCUGCUGCAGCUGGAGUGGUGCCAGAUUCAGACUGUCCAGGAGGAGGGUGGGAAGUCAGCGGCGUCAGAUGUUGUACCCAGCUGCCACAUGUCACCUGCGGCUGCCUCGUCACGCCUCAGCUCUCCAAAGUGCAUCCUCCAGUGUCAACGUGCCUUCCCCCUCACCUUCUUCUCCUCUCUGGCCAGUCACUCUGCCCUGCUCUCCGGCUGUGCCUGCACUCUCUGCCGUAUCCGCUACUCCGCCUGUAGCACAUCGUGCUGCCGCUCAACCCACCCCAGCCGGCAAUCCAGACUGAGUCCCAAGCUGGAGGGCAGUGGGUUCACAUCGCUCCCCAAAAGGAGCUACAGUGAAAGCCGGGUGCACUCCUCAGACAGGAGCUCUGCAUCCCGAGCUCAGAGGUUCAGCAGCCCUCUGAGGACCAACAGCCACCUGAGGAGAAUGCAAGCCUCAGGCAACAUCCGCGUCCCUGUUCAAGGUGCUAACAACAAGCCUCAUUCCACUGCCAGAGACUCCAGCGUCGGGGCUGGGAGGGACCCUGUGAGAGCAUGGGGGGAUGUGUGUGACUACAGGACAGGGGGGGUUAGGAGGAGGAGUGGCUCAGAACAGAGAAGAGGUGGAGUAGAACGACAACAAGGUGCAUCAGAGAAAAGACGAAGUGGUUCUGAAUGUAGAAGAGGAGGAGCUGAGCGGAGGAGGAUAGUCAAACCAGAUGCUGUCACUGCAAUAAUGGACAAUUUACCUGGGUUCAAAAAGUCUCCAAUAAACAGACCAAACAGACAUAAGCAGGUUGAUUUUGUUACAUAACAGCAAGUUGAGUACUGUAAAUGCAAUGUGUUUGCCACAGCUACAGUCAUCACCUUUAAUAUUCCAUUAACCCUUUGAUGCACAACAUGGGUCCUAAUAGACCGGAGUGAGUUUUAAUUGUAAAUAUCUUUGCAAUAAAUUACUUUAAUCAUUCAGAAUUCCUCAAUUAACUUGUUUUUGAUCAUCACAAAUUCUUAUUUAAAUUUUUACUUUCUUACUUUUUGAAUAAAAAUCAUUUUUGUAUCAUUACCCUUCUAAUGCACAACAUGGGUCCAAAAGGACCCGUAUUAAACUAUAAUGUUAUUUCA